AUGGAUGUGGAUAAAUACCUUGGAAUGGCAGAACGAGUUCUAAGAGAUGUUGAGACAUAUAGAGUUCUGAAGUAUGAUCCCACGGAUGAAUUUUUGUUCAAAUACAAGGAGAUCCUUGAAGAUGGCCGCAGUGGAGGGUUGCUGUCGGGUGACGAGUAUGAAUUUAUUCUUAAUCGUCACCCUAAGAUAGCAACCUUCUACUGCUUGCCUAAGGUUCACAAGAACCUUGAUGAACCCUCGGGAAGUCCAAUUGUCUCAGGGGUCAACAACCUCACACAAAACGGUAGCCUGUAUAUCGACAAAGUUUUAAGACCUCUUGUGGAAACUCUGCCUUCCUACAUCAGGGAUACAAAGCAAGCCCUUAAUCGACCUUCGAAUCUUAAAUUUUCUCCCACUGCUCAACUAUGUAAUCUUGAUGUAGAAUCACUUUAUUCGUCUAUCCCCCACGAUAGAGGAAUCGAACAUGUGGGAUUUUCUCCUACACCUUCUUAA